AAAAUGUAAUUAUUUUUUAGUGGGUUAUUGUAAAAAAAAUAGAAGUAUCCAGUUAGAAGCAACAAAAGAUAAAACCUUUUUUUUUUGUGGGUUUUGAUUCUGAAAUCUUUGUGGGUGAUUUGGUUAUAACUUUUUCUCACUUUGAAUGAUUGACACAAUAAUAUAUCCCAAUCUUCUUGUCAAUUGCUCUCCACCAAUUUAAUCAAAAAAAUAGAUCUUGGGUUUGUGUGUAAUUGCAUUUUCUUCAAGUGGGUUUUGUGUAAAAGUUUCUAAUUUUGGAUGGUUUUUGCUGCUUUAAGUGGAGUAUUUCAAGCAAAAAGAAUUCUGCUCAAGAAUUGCAAGGGAAAUUUCGUUAAAAUGUCUUUAAAUUGUAACCAUUCUGGUUCAAAUGGUACACUUCCUACCAAUUUUAAGGUGAAGAAAUCUAAAGAUCAGGUCCAUGGAUCUGGUGGUGUGUGGAAAUUGAAAGGGAAGAUACUAAUGUUAAUUCUUGUGGUUAUUGUUGGGCUGAUUUGGGUUUUGUCUGGGUUGAAUGGGACCCAUUUAAACCUACAUAACAAGUCUUUUCUCUUUGGUGAUUUCAAGAAUUUGUUAUUCUGGGGACAUGUUAAUUUUGGUCAGCACCAGCUUCAAACUUUUUCUGAUCAGGUUACCUCUCUAGACGGGUGUGCAUCUAGUUGUAUUUGGUCAACGAGGUUCUGUUGGUGGGUGCUUCUCGGGAUGGUGUUUCUAAGUUCGAGGAUAAUGUACUCUCGUUUUAGCAGUUGGAGGAAACAUCUGCUCGAGCAGUUCAAUCCCGAGCCCCAGCAAUCGCAGCGGGAGCAGCUAAUACAACACAAGCUUCCGCUGAAGAGUCCAGCUAAAACUGCGACCAAGUGGCAUAGGAGAUGCCUGUACCUGUUCGUGGUCACUAUGGUCUUGGUAUCGAUUGGUACGUUUUUCUAUUUUUAUCAAGAUACGAUUUUCCGAAGAAAAGAAACACUGGCCAAUAUGUGUGAUGAGCGAGCCAGGAUGCUUCAAGAUCAGUUCAAUGUGGGCCUAAAUCACGUGCACGCGUUAGCCAUUCUAGUUUCUACUUUCCACCAUGGAAAAAGUCCUUCGGCUAUGGAUCAGAAAACGUUUGAAGAGUAUACUGAAAGAACUGCUUUUGAGAGGCCUCUUACCAGUGGUGUUGCAUAUGCAUUAAAAGUUACACAUUCCGAGAGGGAGCAAUUCGAGAAACGCCAGAGAUGGACUAUAAAGAAAAUGGAACAUGGAGAUCAGACUCUUGUAAAGGAUUUCGAUCCCGCAAAGAUGGAUCCUGCGCCCAUUCAAGAUGAAUAUGCACCUGUUAUAUUUUGUCAGAAGACAGUAGCUCAUAUUGUGUCUAUAGACAUGAUGUCCGGAAAGGAAGAUCGUGACAAUAUUUUGCGUGCUAGAGCUACCGGAAAAGGGGUCUUGACUUCUCCAUUUAAGCUACUAAAGUCAAAUCAUCUCGGAGUGGUACUUACUUUCGCUGUCUAUGACCGACAGCUCCCACCAGAUGCGACUCCAGAGCAACGCAUAGCAGCUACUGUGGGGUAUCUUGGCGCAUCUUAUGACCUCCGGUCACUAGUCGAAAAGAUCCUUCAGCAACUUGCGAGCAAACAAACAAUUGUUGUGAAUGUUUACGAUACAACAAAUUUCUCUUCGCCCAUUAACAUGUACGGAACUAAUGUUCUAGACACGGGUUUUUUACACAUUUGCAGUCUUGAUUUUGGGGAUCCAACCCGCAAGCACGAGAUGCAUUGCAGGUUCAAAAACAUGCCGCCCCCUCCAUGGACCGCAAUAUUGUCAGCGGGUGGAGUCUUAACGAUUUCAUUGCUCCUUAGUUAUAUUUUUAAUGCAGCAAUCGAUAAAAUUGUUCAAGUCGAGGAGGACUGCCAAAAGAUGACUGAACUAAAAGCUCGUGCAGAAGCCGCUGACGUUGCAAAAUCUCAGUUUCUUGCUACCGUGUCCCAUGAAAUAAGAACACCCAUGAAUGGUGUUUUAGGUAUGCUUCAGAUGCUGAUGGAUACUGAUCUGGAUGAUGAUCAGCUUGAUUAUGCCCAGACAGCUCAUGCUAGCGGGAAGGAUCUUAUCUCCAUUAUUAAUGAAGUUCUUGAUCAGGCCAAGAUAGAGUCAGGCAGGCUUGAGCUUGAAGCAGUGUCUUUCGAUUUACGUGCUAUUUUAGACAAUGUUGUCUCGCUGUUCUCGGGAAAGUCUCGUGAGAAAGAAAUUGAAUUGGCUGUUUAUGUGUCCAACAAGGUACCCGAAGUUGUGGUCGGAGAUCCUGGACGAUUCCGGCAGAUAAUCACCAAUCUUGUUGGUAAUUCAGUAAAGUUUACAAAUAAUAAGGGGCAUAUUUUUGUUUCUGUACAUUUGGCUGAUGAAAUAAAGGCACCAUCUGAUGUGAUGGAUGAAGUUCUGCGACAAGGAACUAUUCCGUUGAAAAAUGGUUCGGAAAGAAAUACUUUGAGUGGCUAUCCUAUCGUGGACAGAUCGAAAAGCUGGAAAAAAUUCAAACUGUUGGGUGGUAAGGAAAGCACCGACAAAUCUGAGUUGAUCAAACUAAUAGUUACCGUGGAGGACACAGGAGAAGGUAUUCCGAAAGAAGCAAAAGACCGCAUAUUCACGCCGUUCAUGCAGGCCGAUAGCUCAACGUCACGACACUAUGGAGGGACUGGAAUAGGAUUGAGUAUUAGCAAAUGCUUAGUAGACCUUAUGGGUGGAGAAAUUGGAUUUAAAAGCAAGCAAGGUCUUGGAAGUACGUUUUCCUUUACCGCUAUUCUCAUGAGAGGAAAUUUGGACUCCCUUGAUCCGAAAUGGCGUAUACAUGAAACAUCUAUAUACGAGUUGAAGGGAUUGAGAGCUUUAGUCAUUGAUAAAAGAAGCAUACGAGCGGAGGUAACGCGAUAUCAUCUUCAGAGAUUGGGGAUAUCUGUUGACACUGUUUCCAGUUUUCAGUCGGCGUUUUCGUUUGUUGCUAACAUUUCAAGUUCAAGAUCUUUAGUUCCACUCGCCAUGAUUCUCAUUGACCAGGAGGUAUGGAAAAAGGAGCUGGUUAUGGAGAUCCGUCACCUGCUUAAAGAUGCAGUGUCGAAAAGAGCUAUAGAUAGAGUGCCCAAGUUAUUUAUGUUGGCCACUUCCAUGAGCCCGCCUGAGCGCAGUGAACUUAAAUUGUCACUUCUUGUUGAUGAUAUACUAACCAAGCCACUACGGUUGAGUGUCUUAACCGGGUGCUUCCACGAAGCCUUCGGAAAAGGGAGGAGAAGGCAAUUGAAUAGAGCGAAGCCCGCAAGUCUUGGUAGUUUGCUCAAAGGAAAAGAAAUAUUGGUGGUUGAUGAUAAUGCGGUUAAUCGUAAAGUGGCAGAAGGAGCUCUUAAGAAAUACGGAGCUAUUGUUACUUGUGUCGGCAGUGGGAAGUCCGCGGUUAAUGAGCUCAAACCACCUCAUAAGUUCGAUGCUUGCUUCAUGGAUCUCCAAAUGCCGGAGAUGGACGGAUUUGAAGCUACACGGCAAAUUCGUCACAAGGAAAAAGAGUUUAACGAGAAACUUGAUUCCGGGGAAGUUUCACUGGAGUCAUUUCCGUGUAUGACUAGUUGGCACACGCCAAUAUUAGCGAUGACAGCGGACGUAAUUCAAGCCACCAAUGAAGAAUGUGUUAAAUGUGGCAUGGAUGGUUACGUAUCCAAACCAUUCGAAGAAGAACAGCUUUAUUCUGCCGUAGCUUGCUUCUUCGAGUCCAGAUGAUGAUCUAUAAGAAUAUGCUCACCCGUCUAUAUCCAUCCCGAAGGUAAUCCUCAUUUAUUGUAGGCUCGUAUCAUUUUCGUGAGUGGAUUCGAUUGACAGCGUUAAUGAACUGAAACUUUCCGAAACCUCAACUCAUAAAUGCAUAACACGAUGUUAAUCACGUUCACUCACGUUACUCGUGAGUAGUUUCUGUAUAUACAGUAUUUGUUUGCGGCUAGGUGCCUAGUUCGAUCACGCAUCUUAUUCAUAUAAUAUGUACAUUUAAACAGUCCUCGACACAUAUCUUGUAAUCUUCGAUUUUUUGUUGUAAUAUCGGAAUCCCAUGUAUAGCUACUGAGUAGGACAAUCUUGGGUCUUGGGUUAGGGAUCAAUUAGACAGAAUUGUUUAGUAGGAAGCCUUAGGUUUAUAACAUAGAACCAUCUUCAUUUUCGAGCUUGUUCGGUCUGCAUUUGAUGCUAACUUUCACUUCAAACAAAUCACAAAUGUUGGUCUAAUGCAACUAAUCAUGUGUUCUUCAUUUUUCUAUGAAGUAUUUUCGAAUUCCUUCUA